GGCCCAUAUUACCUGAAAAAAGGCUAAGGUAAUGUAACGCUGUCGUUUCUUAUCAUCUUCUCAACCAGAAAGGUCCAAUUUUCAACUCAUUUUUUCUCAAAUUGGAGCUGAGUUUUACGGCAAAAAUGGCUGUUCAAGCUAUCUCCACAGUGGCAGCAACUUCUAAGAGCAUCAAUCAGCUGAAUUGCAGAGGAACCGAUUCAUUUCUCUGGACCAAAAACCCAUUGGAACUGAAAAAUCUGCAGUGUAAAUGGCUAGGUACUCCAAUCAAAUUCUCUCUUCAGUCCAAGAAUUUCAAGCAAUUUCUGUCAAAACAGUGCACUAUUAGAGCAAAUGUCUCCUUCGUCCUUCCCCGUGGGAAGUCGGAGCCUACAGUACCAAUAGAGAAAAUUCCUAAAUGGUCAGCAAAGGCGGUAAAAUCAUUUACCAUGGCUGAACUGGAAGCAAGAAAACUUAAAUAUGAUACUACUGGAACAGAAGCUCUUAUCCUGGGGAUGUUGAUUGAAGGGACAAAUUUUGCUUCAAAAUAUUUGAUGGCAAACAGUAUUACUCUCUUGAAAUUUCGUGAAGAAGCUAUCAAAAUACUUGGAAAAGGGGACGUAUUCCAUUGCAGUCCCAAGGAACCUCCUUUGACUGAAGACGCGCAAAAGGCUCUAGAUUGGGCAUUUGAUGAAAAACUCAAAUCCGGUAACGGUGGGGAGAUUACAACUACUCAUGUGCUCCUUGGAGUGUGGGCACAACAAGGAUCACCAGGUUAUAAGGUAUUGGCUGCACUGGGCUUCAAUGAUGAAAAAGCUAAAGAAUUGGAGAAUAUAAUUACAGAUCCUGGAUUUGUGGAUGAUUAAGAGGAUGAUUUGCAAUCAGAUUAGUCAUUUAUCGCGAUUUUGUUCUUUCUUUUCGUUCUAGAUUUCUUUCAAUUUUUGGAGGAUGCAUCCUUCUCAGAGGGCUUUGAACAUGACCAAAGCCUCUAUGUUGUUUGUUUAAUGGGGUUAGUGAUAUCUAUCUAUCAUUAAGAUUCAAGUCCUUCAAUACUAAAUGGCGCGGACUGGAUUCAGUUGGGUCAUUCCACUGGUACAACUAGUCUCUCGAUUCAAUAUCUAUAAAGGACUUCAAGGGAGAUAAAAUUCAAGGGCCUAGUAUUUUUUUGUAUCCCCUAUUCUUUAGAUACAAAUCGAUCCUUCUAUAAUUCGAAA